ACCUACCGCAGUUAUCAUGAUAUUGAAAUGGUAGACCCUCUAUCAUCGCCCCCCUCGACCUCACGGGGGCGCCAACUUGUCCAGUCCCUCAAGUCUCCAAGAGGACAUUCUCCAACCAUUGUCCAGGUCCAACGCAAAGAUUCUGGAUACGAAUCACACACCUCUUCACCACGCAAUUCAGCCACCUACUUUCGGCCCAAGCCCACACGGCGUUCUUCAGGCCUCUCCAAAUAUGGGACAUCGUCUGCUCAGUCACUGCGAUCUCGAAUUCGACCCGCUAUACGUCGGCCAGCCACCAGCCAAACCGCUGCCUCAUAUCAACUCCGGCCUGUUGGAGCUGGCAACCAAAUGGCGCACUAUCAGUUCCCAGCUUCAGACCUUGUUGAAGUUACGGAGACAAGCCAGGAAGCUCCCAGUGCUUGCUUGCCACCGCAGACCACCCAUUACUGGACCAGUGACAGGACUCGUCGGCUGGAGUAUGCUGCCAUUGACGCAGCAAGUAAGGGUGUCAAGGGUUGGAUCCGAAGGAACCUACUUCCCGAUUGCUUUGCUGGUAAAAACAGGCACGUGGCCUUUGACGAUGAUUCUGGCAGUGUUCGCCGGUACAGGCUAGACCUGGAAGACGAACAAGAUGAGAAG